AUGUCGGAAACCUCACAUCCAUCUCGCGAUCCAAAAAAUCUCAGCGAACCAUUCGCAGUCAUCGAAUUUCUCGAGAAAAACGAAAAAGGGCUACCAUGCAUUGAUUUGGUGCCGAAAAAAUGGUUUAAUAGUGCAGAAGAAGACACCUGUAAAUUCCCACCGACAACUGAAUAUCAUCUACUUGACGACUACUUGGAAAAAUUGCACUCGCCCAAGGACUCUUGGCAAAGUUAUCCAUUUUGCUUCAUCACCGGAGCAGCUGAUUUGGAUCAGGGUCGCAGAAGAUUAAAAAAGGCCCAAGUAACUCUCAACUGUGAGACAACCGAUGGUGAAAAUGAUCGAAAGGGGGGGAGGUCCGAAACUUCCUCGAAAGCAAAAAUUUCAGCAAAACCCUUAACUGCAUCAAAGUCUCAACUAAACAACAUCUUUAGUACUAAAAUCCCGAUUCCACCUAGAAAUCAAACUCCAAAGUCUGGUAUACAAGCAAAACCAAAGACAAGAUUUCAAAGCAUUUACCAGAGUGGAUCUGACUCUGAAGACGAAAAUCAUGAUUGUCUUAUAGCUAAUCCUGAGGAGAUUCGAGCCUCAAAGGCUCAAAAUAAUUCUGGCUUUUUGCAAAUGUCGAGUAAAUCGCGAUCUGUACCAACAGGUGCAUGUUUAUCAUUUAAACAGCGGUCAAGGAAGAAUAUUACUUUGCUUAAAGACGUCGAAACUGAUGAAUCUGAGAGCAAUGAUUCCUCCGAUGGAAUUCUGCAGUCACCUACAAAAUCGAUGGACUCAGCGAGAAAUACAAGAAAAGAACUUCAUUUGACACCUCCUUCACCACUAGUCCAUAACGCUUCAGGUAACCGAAAAAGGCGUGCAUCGUCUACUACACGCGCUGAAGACGGAUUGAAUUCGAUUGUGAGCCCAGGAACUCCAAAAACUUCACGAUCAAUGAUGGUACCCCCUGCUAAGAUGCCAAAAAUGCUGGGACCACAAAACCAGUUGUCAUCUAGUCAUUAUGCUGAUAAUGAACGUCGAAUCCUGAACUCCCUUCGAGAUUACUUUGAUCAGCAAUUAGAUGAAAAGCUCGAAAAUUUAAGACGCAGGAUGGCUUACGAUUUAAAGCAGUCUAUGAAUGAGCUCAAGACCACAAUCAUUGGCACUAAUCUAGCCCCAGCUUCUGGUCCUAGCUUGCUUGAAAUACAGAAGCAGAUGUCUACGCCACUACCAUUUGAAAUGGAUGAUAAGUUCCAGGAAUACGAAGCGAUAUUGACAACGGACCCAAAUCUCGUAGAAACACUGCGAUUAUUCAUGAGAGUUUUGAUAAGCAAUAAAAAAGAGAUGAAAAUAUGUGUUUCCACUAUCCUAUCUGCGGUUCUGAGGAAGACAGUGUCACUGCACUAUUCUGGUUACGGAAAGGAAGCUGGCGGAAAGAAAAAGAAAACAUUUUUAUAACACUACAGUAUGCAAAGUACUGAUUGAUGUGAUAAUUGAGGUAAUAGGAUCCAGCACUGAUGAGAAGAAGAUAAUGUCAGAAGUAAGUACUUGGUUGUCACGUUCUGGCGAUCGAGAGGGUGGGCGUAAGGAACGACAACGCGGGUCAAGUCAUCAUAACGAGAAUAAUUCAGUUUGUUCCUUUGAUACCAAUCGAUAAUACUUCAUUUUUCCGGGAUAAAUGGAAUUGUAAAAUCACUGUGUUAAUAUGACUCCAUUAGUUCAUUUUCGUAAUUGUAUUAGUUGUGAUAUUCUUGAUAAAAGGUACGAUUAAUAGGAAAAGUUUAUAUUAUCAAUAUAUUUUUAUCGCGAGGCGUUUCAUUGGGCAGAAUAUAUAUUAAUAUAUGAAUAUUGUUUAGUAUUCGGCUGUCAUUGAAGUAUUAAUUAUAUUUAUUAUAUUUCUCCUGGCGAGGUCGGAAAUCCAGAAGAUGGAAAUAACAAUUGGAAAAUGUGAUGUAUCUUAGCAUAAUAAAGUAUUUUCUAUGUCAUUUCCUCAUAAGUUAGAUCACGGGAAUAAAUAUCCGUUGUUGGUUCAGGGAUUAAAUAUUAUGUCCAAAAGUUUAAAGGGAAAAAUAAUAAGUGGAUUUUUAAUUUUUAAGAAAAAUUCUAAUGAAAGUAAUUUCAGCCAUUGAGAGCUGUUUUCAGUAUUUGGUGAUUCAAGUCAAAUAAUAUUUAUAAGGUUGAAGUUUCACAAUCGGACUGCGUCCAUAUUCCCCAAAGAUUUCAAAUUUAAGGGUUGAAAUUAAUUAGUUAUAUGUAAUCCUAUCCAAGACUUUUUUAUAUUUCUAAGUUUGUUUGAAAGAGUGAAUAUAAUAAGCAAUAUUAUAUAGAACUAGCACACAAUCAAUGCAACUAAAUAUCAUUCUGUGUUCCGGAGUUGCAGAUGGAGAAGACAUUAUUGUAAAAAAAGGACGUCUUUCCGAGAUGAAAAAAUAAUUCUUAUCAGGAUAAUUCGUAUCAGCAAUUGUCUAUGGAUAUAAGAAUUAAUUCUUAUCAUCCAUAGCGGAAUAAAUUAUCCAUAAUAUUGCUAUUAUAAUGACUGUUUUCAUGCUUGAAUUGAAGCACGAUAAUUUAUCAAUUCUAAACUACUAAUUUAAAAAAUAACAUUGGUGCGUUAUUUUGUUGGAUAUUUUGUUAAUACAAUCUUCGAAUUCUGAAGACUGACUGCUAAUAUUAUUAGAUUGUAAGAGAGAGUUUAUUAAGACUUAAUAUGGUAUGUCGUAUUAAAUUUCGGAUUCAAAUGAUCUACGUAGAUUAUUUAUUUUAAAAGCGGAUGAAAAUAAUCCACAAAAGAUUUUUCUACAAUUUAUACCUGCAAUCAUUUUUUUGAGUUUUCAUAUUCGGUUCGCGGAAAAAUCUCAUAGUUGUGAUUAUCUUUCAUGAAAAUUGGAGAUACAAACACUGCAUAUCUUUAACUGUUCAACCAAAAUCGGAUGAAAACAUGUACUAUGUCGAUAGGAGGAAAAAAGUUUUUGAUUGGCUGAGUUUUUUUGUCAAUAGAUUUAAUAAAUUUAAAUAUAAGUUUUGUCACAUAAUAAAACUGUUUUCUGUAU